CGGCCCCCUCGGAACUGGAGCCGAGGAGGAGCCGAAAAUGCAGAUUUAGCAUCAACACCGACAUCCAGCCACUCGCUCUCGCGGUCGCUCUCCAGUGCACACAGCGCCCCAAUCGCGCCCCGCGAGUCGGGCCGCUGAGCUGCUCGGCUUCCCCGCCAGCCAGAUGCCGGCGGCGGACGCGCUCUGAUCGGCUGCUCUCCAAAGCCUGCUGAGUCCCGCUUCGCAUACAAAGAUAUUUUAUAUAAAUAAUAAUAAUAAUAACAAAGCCCCCAAACUCCAUACCUAUUUUUAAUUGGCACCCUCCCUCCGGGUGCCCUGUCCAGCCAGCUGCGCGCCUCCAGUCCCACUUCCCACUCCGAGAAGGAUGAAGGGGGGCUGUGGCUCGCAGUGGCCGGCGGCCGCCGGGCUCCUCUUAUGUGUCAUGGUUUCUGCAUCGUCCGAGGGACCGGUCUUCACGAACCAUUUCCUCGUGGAGUUGCAUAAAGGGGGAGAGGACGAGGCUCGCCAAGUUGCCGCGGAGCACGGCUUCGGAGUCCGGAAGCUACCCUUCACAGAAGGCCUUUACCACUUUUAUCACAAUGGCCUCGCAAAAGCUAAGAGAAGACGCAGCCUGCAGCAUAAGCAGCAGCUGGAGAGAGACCCCAGGGUAAAGAUGGCCUUGCAACAGGAAGGGUUUGACCGAAAGAAGCGAGGGUACAGAGACAUCAACGAGAUUGACAUCAACAUGAAUGAUCCUCUUUUUACAAAGCAGUGGUACCUGAUCAACACCGGGCAGGCUGAUGGCACACCUGGCCUUGACUUGAAUGUGGCAGAGGCCUGGGAGCUGGGAUACACCGGGAAAGGGGUGACCAUCGGGAUUAUGGACGAUGGGAUUGACUACCUCCACCCCGACCUGGCCUCCAACUAUAAUGCCGAAGCCAGUUACGACUUCAGCAGCAAUGAUCCCUACCCGUACCCUCGGUACACCGAUGACUGGUUCAACAGCCAUGGCACAAGAUGUGCAGGAGAGGUGUCAGCAGCAGCCAACAACAACAUCUGCGGGGUCGGCGUGGCGUACAACUCCAAGGUCGCAGGCAUCCGCAUGCUGGACCAGCCCUUCAUGACCGAUGUCAUUGAGGCCUCUUCCAUCAGCCACAUGCCCCAACUCAUCGAUAUCUACAGUGCCAGCUGGGGCCCCACAGACAACGGCAAGACAGUGGAUGGGCCCCGAGAGCUCACGCUACAGGCCAUGGCCGAUGGUGUGAACAAGGGCCGCGGGGGCAAGGGCAGCAUCUACGUGUGGGCCUCUGGGGACGGUGGAAGCUAUGAUGACUGCAACUGUGAUGGCUACGCCUCGAGUAUGUGGACCAUCUCCAUCAACUCAGCCAUCAACGAUGGCAGGACAGCACUGUACGACGAGAGCUGCUCAUCCACCUUGGCAUCCACCUUCAGCAAUGGUCGCAAGAGGAACCCGGAGGCAGGCGUGGCCACCACAGAUCUGUAUGGGAACUGCACCCUGCGGCAUUCUGGGACAUCGGCAGCGGCUCCCGAGGCGGCCGGGGUGUUUGCACUAGCUUUGGAGGCCAACCUGGAGCUGACCUGGCGUGACAUGCAGCACCUGACGGUGCUCACCUCCAAGCGGAACCAGCUCCACGACGAAGUCCACCAGUGGCGGCGCAAUGGAGUCGGCCUGGAGUUCAACCAUCUCUUUGGCUACGGGGUCCUGGACGCCGGCGCCAUGGUGAAAAUGGCCAAAGAUUGGAAGACCGUGCCGGAGAGAUUCCACUGCGUGGGAGGCACCGUGCAGGACCCCGAGAAGAUCCCACCCUCCGGCAAGCUGGUGCUCACACUCACCACGGCUGCGUGCGAGGGCAAGGAGAACUUCGUGCGCUACCUGGAGCACGUGCAGGCGGUCAUCACAGUCAAUGCCACCAGGCGAGGAGACCUGAACAUCAACAUGACGUCACCCAUGGGCACCAAGUCCAUCCUGCUGAGCCGGCGGCCACGGGACGACGACUCCAAGGUGGGCUUCGACAAGUGGCCUUUCAUGACCACCCACACGUGGGGGGAGGAUGCCCGGGGGACCUGGACGCUGGAGCUGGGCUUCGUGGGCAGCUCGCCCCAGAAGGGGGUGCUCAAGGAGUGGACCCUCAUGCUGCAUGGCACGCAGAGUGCCCCAUACAUCGACCAGGUGGUACGAGAUUACCAGUCCAAGCUGGCCAUGUCCAAGAAGCAGGAGCUGGAGGAGGAGCUGGACGAGGCUGUGGAGAGGAGCUUGAAGAGCAUCCUUGGCAAGAACUGAGGCGUGCCGCCGCCCCCUCCAUCCCCACCCCUCCGUGUCCACCGCAGCCUCCUCUUCACCUUGUCCUUCCAGGCACCCAGCAGUCACUGUCAUCCCACCCGGGCAACUCUGUCCUCUCCAUCAGCAGUUUCGCCCGCCAUCCACUGUUAAUUUAAUUAUGACGGAACAAUCUUUUUUAUUCUUGCCCCAAAGCCAGCAUUCCCACCAUCUUCACCCCAGGUGUGACUCUGCCUUCUUCAUUUCUGUCGUUCUAAUGAGGAGUCCCCCAGCAAAGCUGGGACCCCCACACACAUUUUUCACCUCUGAGAGAAGGAUGCAUGAAAAAAAGCCACAUUCAGGGACCCCGAGAAUGUUCCUCUGUAUUCUCGUCCCAGGCAGGAGUCACAAGAAAAUUAGAGCAGAUGUAUGCAGCACACUCUGCAGCCGUCACAGGGCCAAGAGGAUCAGAAGCUCUUCCCACAAAGACGGCUGGAAUUAAGAAAGAUUUGCCCAGGACAGACAUGACACUGACAUCAUGAGAAAGAUGCCAUCUGUAGACAGCCUUAAUCACCGAACUGGGAAAGGAGACUCAAAGGCACGAGUGUUGGAAGUUUUUCCACCAUCACCACCAUGGUAAUUCACCGACCCAACAGGCAGCUGGCAGCUGGUAGUCACCUGCUCUGAGCUGUGACAGUAAAAUCUGCUGAUGCAGCCCAGCCCUCCCCCUUGGAUAUAGCCAACCCCCCAUCCCUGCCAAUGUGAGGGGGGGUCCUCCCAUAGCUGCCCAAGAGAAAAAAUUAAGGCAGAUCUAGUGACACAUCUGGGGUGAGCACUUCACUAGCUUUUAAAAUAGAAAUGUUCCUUUUCCUAAGUCACUCUGGGAUUCUUGAUCGGAUGUCAGUGACAGGUGAGAUGAGUAUUAUUUGUUUUGACAGCUUUACACACACCUAGUCAGGUUUUAAUCUCCCAAAAGUAUCUCUGGAGAGAAACGCAGCCCCUCACAGGGUGGUUUGAUUUCUGCGUGCAGUCACAGCCUCUGCCCUGCAAGAGGCAGAAAGGUGAGCAGCACCUUUGGAGGCCAGACCCUUCCUGUGCCAGCGGGUGCAGGCCCCAUCACCCCAAGGAGCAGGAAGCCCCCUCUAGGAAAGCACACAGUUGCCUCACUGGCAGCUCAGAAGCCCGUGAGACAUCCAACACUCAGCCCAUCAUUAGAGUCGCCAACCCGAAACGCACCAUUACAUUACCGAAUGGUGGCCUGUGGUCACUUCGUUCCUCCCUGAGGUUGCCUCUUGCACUCAACCCCAGUGUCCAGCUGUCCCCACGAAAUGAUUCCUUCUCAGCCUCUCCUGCCCAGCCUACAGUCCCUUCACUAAAGCCAGCAGCGCAGGGCCCCACUCCGUCCCCUGACAGUGCAGCCCUGAGAAAGAAACCCUGAAACCUCACUGCUUUCUUUUUGGCACCAUACUGGCAUGAAUUUCUGUCUUCAAUACCUUGUGACUUCCUCUGCAUCCUGCUUUGAAAUGUGAUACAACUUAUGAUUUUUUUAAAGAAAUUUAUUACUUGUUGCAAAGGUCUUUUUAAACCAGUUUAGAUUUAAAGAAAAAAAUAAUAAUGGAAAUCAUUGAAAAUUCAUUUCACAUUAAUGGUCUGAAAAUAAACCAAAGGACACUAUGUGUGCAUGUAUGUUCAAGUGCACACGGAAAUAUAUAUACAUAUGUAGACUAUCCGCAUGUGUGUAUAUAUGUGUAUAUAUACACUUGUACAAAAAAUGUACAUACACACAUAUACGUGAAAUGUGUGUGUGUAUUUAUUGAAGAAACAGAUACCAUAUUCAUUGCUAAAAAGGAUAUUCAGAGGAUACCAAGCUAAUUCUGGCUAAAGAAAAAGGUUGCUGGAAAAUCAGGUGAAAAUGUUCAACUCUCAUUAUGUCACCUCUGUAAUUUUGCAUCUCUCUGUAUAAACAUUAAAUGUCUUCUAUAAGCAACAAAAAUAUAAAAUAGUUGUCCAUAUUUUCACAGUUGUGGUAUACUUUAUGAAAUUAUAGAGUAACUUAUCAGCUUCUUAAUAGAAACAGCAAGUUUUGAUAUGAGUAUACAGUAUAUAAAAAUAUGUAUAGUCCUAUAUAUAAACAUUUGGUCUCUAUUUCAUUUUUUGCAGCACUAUUAACACUAAACUAUGUCCAGCUGGUGAUGUUUUUAUGAUAUCCCUGAUCCUAAUGCAAGAGACAGCUAUUUAUAGUCAUUUAUUUUAAAAAAUGGAAAUAAGUGAAUAACGAUUAUUCAGGUUGAUAUUGUUACUCCCUGUGACAAAAUUUUAUAAGUAAAUUUAAAAAGAUGUGUUGUAAAUUAGGAGGCACAACAAUAAAAUGUAACCUUCCAGAAA